AUGGCGAAUCGGCGACAGCGCCUGGACUGCAGCGGGCUGGUUCUGCUGUGCAUUUUCCUUGGGACGCUGCGAGAAUUCGGAGCUGAGCAGAUCCGAUAUUCGGUGCACGAAGAGACCGACAAAGGCUCCUUCGUGGGCAACAUCGCCAAGGACCUGGGGCUGGAGCCCCAGGAGCUGGCGGAGCGCGGAGUCCGCAUCGUCUCCAGAGGAAAGACGCAGCUUUUCGCUCUGAAUCCGCGAGGCGGCAGCUUGAUCACCGCGGGUAGGAUAGACCGGGAGGAGCUUUGUGAGGCGGUGUCCUCCUGUUUUUUAAAUAUAGAGAUUCUUGUGGAAGACACCUUGAAGAUUUACGGAGUGGAGGUGGAAAUAGUGGAUGUUAAUGAUAACGCCCCCAGCUUCCUGGAAGAGGAAGUAGAGAUAAAAGUCGGCGAGCAUGCAACUCCUGGAUCGCGAUUUCCCCUUCCUCACGCUAGGGAUCCGGAUGUGGGAAGGAACUCCCUCCAGAGCUACCAUCUCAGUUAUAAUAGUUACUUUUCCUUGGAAGUGCGAGGUGGAAUUGAUGGGGCCAAGAAUCCCGAGCUAGUGCUGGAGGGAGGCCUGGACCGAGAGAAGGAAGCUGCUCACCUCCUCCUCCUGACAGCCUUAGAUGGAGGCGAUCCCAUCCGCAAGGGCGCUGUUCCCAUUCGAGUGGUGGUCCUCGACGUAAAUGACCACAUCCCAAAGUUUACACAGUCUGUGUAUCAAGUGAGCGUUCCUGAAAACCUCAGGUCUGGAACUCGGGUGCUCGUGGUAAAUGCAACAGAUCCAGAUGAGGGAACCAACGGAGAAGUGAUGUACUCAUUCCGGAAUAUGGAAAGCAAAGCUUCUGAAAUAUUCCAGUUGGAUUCUCAAACUGGAGACGUUCUAGUACGGGGGUCUCUGGAUUUUGAAAAAUAUAGAUUCUAUGAGAUGGAAAUUCAAGGCCAAGAUGGUGGAGGUCUCUUGACCACCACUAAGAUUUUGAUCACAGUUGUGGAUGUGAAUGACAAUGCUCCAGAAAUAACUAUCACCUCUUCUAUUAAUUCGAUGCUGGAAAACUCUCCUCCAGGUACAGUAAUUGCUCUUCUAAAUGUGCAUGAUCAGGAUUCUGGAGAAAAUGCUCACGUCUCCUGUUUCAUUCCUAGCCAUCUGCCUUUUAAAUUAGAAAAGACUUAUGGAAAUUAUUACAAGCUGAUAACAAACAAAGCGCUGGACAGGGAGCAGGUUCAGACCUACAAUAUAACAUUGACAGCCACAGAUCAUGGAAAUCCGCCCUUGUCUACAGAAAUUGAUAUCUCGCUGAAUGUGGCAGAUGACAACGAUAAUCCUCCUGCUUUCAUUCACUCUUCUUAUUCUGCCUACAUUCAGGAAAACAACCCUAGAGGUGCCUCCAUCUUCUCUGUGACUGCCCUCGACCCGGACAGCAAAGAGAAUGCCCGGGUAACUUACUCUCUGAUGGAGGACACUAUCCAGGGUGAGCCUCUGUCCUCCUACCUAUCCAUCAACUCAGAUACUGGCGUCCUGUAUGCACUGCGCUCCUUCGACUAUGAGCAGUUUGACAACCUACAACUAAGAGUGACUGCACAUGACAGCGGGGACCCACCGCUUAGCAGCAACGUGUCUCUGAGUCUGUUCGUGCUGGACCAGAACGACAACAUCCCUGAAAUCCUCUACCCUGCCCUCCCCACCGAUGGUUCCACUGGUGUGGAGCUGGCACCCCGAUCUGCAGAGCCCGGAUACCUGGUGACCAAAGUGGUGGCAGUGGACAGAGACUCAGGCCAGAACGCCUGGCUGUCCUACCGCCUGCUCAAGGCCAGCGAGCCUGGGCUCUUCGUGGUGGGGCUGCACACAGGUGAGGUGCGCACGGCGCGGGCCCUACUGGACAGAGAUGCGCUCAAGCAGAGCCUCGUUAUUGCCGUCCAGGACCACGGCCAACCCCCUCUCUCAGCCACCGUCACGCUUACCAUUGCUGUGGCAAACAGCAUCCCAGACGUCCUGGAGGGUCUUGCCAGUUUGGAGUCUCCCGCCAAUCACGAUGACUCUGGACUCACUCUGUACCUAGUUGUGGCGGUCGCCGCGGUCUCCUGCAUUUUCCUCGCUUUUGUCAUCCUGCUGCUGGCGCUCAGGCUGCAGCGCUGGCACUCGUCGCGCAUGCGUCAGGCUGCUGGCGGUGGGUUAGUUGGCAUGCCCACCUCACACUUUGUGGGCGUGGACGGGGUGCGGGCUUUCCUGCAGACCUAUUCCCACGAGGUCUCCCUCACCGCGGACUCGGGGAAGAGUCACCUAAUCUUCCCUCAGCCCAACUAUGCAGACACGCUCAUCAGCCAGGAGAGCUGUGAGAAAAGCGAGCCACUCCUGAUAGCUGAAGACUCAAUUACCAUUUUAGGCAAAUGUGACCCGACAAGUAAUCAGGAUCCUGUCUCUAAGGGGACCUUCUCCAGUAGUGAACACCGGAAAACAGACACAGCCAAAACUCAUAAACUGUCAGUUCCCUAUACAUCAGUCCAACAUUUCUGUCGGAAAACUCAAUCCCAUUGA